UUAACUUAACCCGUUAGGUGCUACACUAACUGUCGGAUAACGAGUGGAACGGCUAUGGUAGAACCUGCUAAUUAAAAAAAAACAUUUUUUUGUAAUGAUACAAUAAAUAAUUGGCAAACGUCUCAGCGUAGCGGAGUCUAGACUAGUGUGAACUUCCCACGCCCCGCCUCCGUGAACUCUUCCACAUGCACGCGAAACCGCAUGGCCUUGUCACGCGCACGCGCUAAUGUCACCCUCCUUUCCCUUUUCCUUAUCCCUCACCGCCUCCCCUCUGGCUGACAGCCCGCUUAUAGUGCGCGCUGGGCUGAUGUGAACUGGCAGCGGUGCCGCCUGAAGCACCUUGUUCCCCGCGCGGGGGAGCCAUGGAAAACUGAACCCAACAAGGAAGCACAGAAAGCAGCAAAGGCGGCUGGGAGGACGUAAGGAAGGAGGGGAGUGCAACCAAACCGAUACGACGGCCGCUAAAUCCAGCGGCAGAAACGACUCCGCAAGAGGUAUGAAGGCAGCAUGGAGUUUCCAGAACACAGUAGACAUUUGCUACAGUGCUUGAGAGAGCAGAGACAUCAGGGUUUUCUUUGUGACUCUACUGUUCUUGUUGGAGAUGGCCAUUUCCGAGCCCAUAGAGCUGUACUGGCUUCAUGCAGCAUGUAUUUCCACCUCUUUUACAAGGAUCAGCUAGACAAAAGAGACAUUGUUCAUUUGAACAGCGACAUUGUUACAGCCCCAGCCUUCGCUCUCCUGCUUGAAUUCAUGUAUGAAGGGAAACUCCAAUUUAAAGAUCUCCCCAUUGAAGACGUGCUUGCAGCUGCCAGCUAUCUCCACAUGUAUGACAUUGUCAAAGUCUGUAAAAAGAAGCUGAAAGAGAAAGCUACCACAGAGGCAGACAGCACAAAAAAAGAGGAAGACUCGUCAAGUUGUUCAGACAAAGUAGAAAGUCUCUCAGAUGGCAGUAGUCACAUGGCAGGUGACUUACCCAGUGAUGAAGAUGAUGGAGAAGAUGAAAAAUUAAAUGUUAUGCCUGGAAAAUGUGACUUGGCUUCUGAAUCUGGUAACAUGUGGAUAAGAUUGCCCUCAGAUUCAGCAAGCAUUCCCCAGACUGGCAGAGAGGCUGAGACACACACAACGGCAGCUGGAAAAACAGUACCCAGCCCCUGCAGCUCAACAGGAUCUUUGUCCCAGAGGUCUGUCACUUCCAUAAGGGAUUCAGCAGAUGUGGACUGUGUGCUUGACCUGUCUGUGAAGUCCAGUCUUUCAGGGACCGAAACACUGAAUAGUUCCUACUUUUCAUCACAAGAUGUUUUGAGAAAUAAUUUAAUUCAAGUGAAAGUAGAAAAAGAAGCCUCCUGUGAAGAAAAUGAUAUUGAUACUACUGAUUAUGAUAUGGAACGCAGUACUGUGAAAGAAAGUGUGAGCACUAAUAUUAGGGCACCAUAUGAUCCUGUCCAUCUGGCCCCAAUAAGGGAAGAUUCAGUCUUAAGAGAUUUAGAUCGUGAUGAAAAAGCAAGCGACGAUGAAAUGAUAACUCCAGAGAAUGAGAGGGUUCAGGUGGAAGGAAAUAUGGACAGCAGUUUGUUGCCUUAUGUGUCAAACAUGCUUAGCCCCACUGGGCAAAUAUUCAUGUGCCCUCUUUGCAACAAAGUUUUUCCUAGUCCACAUAUCCUACAAAUACAUUUAAGCACACAUUUUCGAGAGCAGGACGGAAUUCGCAGCAAGCCUGCCAAUGAUGUCCACGUCCCUACGUGUUCUUUGUGUGGUAAGACUUUUUCUUGCAUGUACACUCUCAAACGCCACGAAAGAACUCAUUCAGGGGAAAAGCCUUUCACUUGCACUCAGUGUGGAAAGAGCUUCCAGUACUCCCAUAAUCUAAGCCGGCAUGCUGUUGUUCAUACACGGGAGAAACCACAUGCUUGUAAGUGGUGUGAACGUAGGUUCACACAGUCAGGAGACCUUUACAGACACAUUCGAAAGUUUCACUGUGAGUUGGUGAACUCGUUAUCUGUUAAAAAUGAAGCAUUGAGCUUACCAACUGUGAGAGACUGGACAUUAGAAGAUAGCUCUCAAGAACUUUGGAAAUAAUUUUAAAAAGUACAUAAAUAUAUAUAUAUAUAAAUAACUUAUAUAAAUUUAUAUAGUUGUAUGUUCUAAAAGCAUUCACGUUUCCCUGAAAUUAUUUAUAUAAAUAUUAAUAUAUUAAUCUAAUUUUUUGCACUUUAGAGGAAAUUGUUUGCUCCCCUAGUAAAUGUAAUCACUAGGCAUUAAAGUUAAAAUCAAGUGUAACAAACUGCACAUGUCUUAUGAGGAACUAUCUUGACAUGUUUACUAUAUUUCUUCAGUUAUGCAUUAUGUUCUUCUCUUUUCAUGUGUGUGGUUUCAAGGGAUUCAUCCCUUUUUGAAUUAGACCCAUUACACAUCUAAUAAUUGCAUGAUGCUUUUGCCCGUUAAUGGAAACCUAAAUGCUUUUAGAGCUUUGUAUUUCUUUUAAUAUGCCGGAUUAUUAUUAUUUUUUAUUUUUUACAAGCAGUUAUAUAAUACCACAGCUCUUGCAAUAUAUGGAGUCCUCACCAUUCCCGCUUAGAGAGAGGGAAAAAAAAAAAAAAUCUUAUUCUGUGUUAAUUGGUUAUUUGUAAAGAUUUUUUUUUUUGGGGGGGGGAUUAAUAAAUGAAAAUGCAGCUGGAGAAGUGUUGAACUGUGUUUAAAAAAAAUAAUUAAUAAUUGUAAACCUGUUAUUUUGUAUAAUGUAUUUGAUUUAAAUGAAUGGGUGGGAUGGGAGGGUGGACUUGACAGAAUAUUGAUGCUCUUAGUUGAGUUUUGAAAAGUGAUUAUUAAUGCAACAGAAGUGCAUGUGGUUUUAUUACUUUUUGACAUUGCGUAUGUAUUAUAGAAUAAGAAAAAAGUUUAAUUUCUUUGGGAAGAGUACUUUGCAAAUGGUUUAAUGAAGAAUAACAAAUGCACUCUUUUUUUUUUUUUUUUUUUUUUUUUUUUUUCUCUCCAGAUGUAAAUUUAUUUUUAUUUUUCAUGACUAAGCUGUUGAAUGAAUUUACACAUUGUAAGUUGCAAGUUUCUUACAUACCAGAAAUAAUAUUAAAAAAAAAAAACCCCACAAUGUUUACAAACAAAUUUAACAUUAUAAUGUGGUAUGUAUUAUUUAUACAAAGACAACAUUCUUAAUGAAUCCUAUCCCAUAAGGAAUUUGGCACUUCUCGUUGUUCGAAACUAAAAUUUACAAUAGAUUUAUUCUUUUUUUUUCCCUUUAUGAAAAGAUUCUAUGAAGUGAAAAAAAAAAAUCCUUGGCUGAAAGGACCUAAAAAGCCAUAAUUGACAAGAGGGGGGGGGGGGGGGGGGAAGAGGGUUACUUCAAUGUGUAUUCAAGCAGCAAAGACUGCUACCCCCUUAGAGUGAUUUAAUGUCCAACACACAGGGCAAAUGUAUUUUGCACUAUAUUACUUUUCCUGUGUUGCACUUCCUAUAAAGUCUGCUGUCAUAACUUGCAUAUCAGAUAACAACCUGCUGUUUUCUUUUCAAGUGUAUAUAUAUUUUUUUUAUUGUUAAAACGCCUUAACUACUGUAAACAUAGUCUAAUUUGUGCUUAACAUUUAAAAGUGGGGAAAAUUCCACUGUCUGCUGCGUAUUAAUUUGGGCAAGUGCGUGAGUUUUGGAUAUGAGAAAGCUGUGAAAAAAGGACUUUUGGAGCAUUAUGUUUAGUUACUUGAAGUUAUUUUGUAUUAAUCUUUACACAAAGAUUUAUGUUUAAGAUGUCAAUUAUUUUAAUUUAGAAAAGACAAUCAGUGACUAUGAAUUAACUACUUUUUUUGGAAAGGGGGGGAUUUAUUUAAAAUUAUUUGAAGUUUGUUGUUUGUUUUUAAUAUUGUAUUUUAUUAUUUUUUUUUUGUUUAAAAGUAGACUGACAUCUAGCUUUGACAAUCAUUGUAUGUUUUAUUUUCCUGAAAAGGGGGAAGGGUAACUUAUAAUGCUGUUUAGUUUUGUACUUUGGUGUGUGUUGAAUUUUUAAACAGUGUGCAAACUGCAAUAAAUAUGAACUGGAAUAUCAAAA